AUGGUCUACUGUGGGAAACCCUCGCGGGGCUGCCAGAUGUGCAGGACUCGUCGGAUCAAGUGCGACGAGACCAAGCCGACUUGCAAGCAGUGUGCGAAAUCACGGCGGCAGUGCCCCGGGUACAAGGAUGAAUUCGACCUCGUCUUUAGGAACGAAACGCAGGCGACGGAGCGCCGGGCGCAAAAGGCCAGCAGGAAACCCUCGGCGUCUAAACCUCACUCGUCAUAUCCAACAGCGCCGGCUGCCGAUACAGCGCGUCGCUCAUCAACCGAAGGCGGCGGCCCGGGCCUCUCGUUCGAGCAAGCCGGCAUAAUCCCCGUCUUGGGCCAGCACCCAGAGGAGCUGGCCGCGUGCCAUUUCGUCGCCAACUUUGUCCUGGUGCCGCGCCAGGGAAGCACGCGGGGCUUCAUGGACUACCUGAUACCACUUUUGAAGCAGCAGCCAGUGGACAGCCCUGUCCACCGCGCCUUCAAUGCCUGUGCCAUUGCGUCGCUCGGGAACCGUGUGGCGUCCGAGGCUUUCGACUUUGAAGGCAAAGCUCUCGGCGAGUACGUCAAGGCGCUCAGCGCAACCCACGCAGCGAUCAAGGACCCGGUCUUGUCCAAAGACGACGGCGUCUUGGCCGCGGUGCUGCUGCUCGGUCUCUUCGAGAGCUCAAAGAGCAUCACAGCGAAGCAGAUGGGCCUGUUCGCCUGGGGAUCCCACACUGAAGGAGCCGUGCAGCUCGUCAAGAGCCGCGGCCGGGAGCAGCUGCGAACCAAGACCGGGCUCUUGCUCUUUAUCGCGGUCCGCACGCAAAUGAUCAUCCAAACACUCGCCUCGAGCAAAGCGCCGACCAUGGGCGUGGAGUGGUGGCUCACGGACGCCGUCCAUGUCGAGGUCGCCGGGCGCUGCCAGCGACUGUGCAUCAAGGUGGCCGAGAUCCGGGCAGAAGUCACGCGACUCAUGACCGCGGCGCAGAGGACCCCCGAGAACGUCGAGCUCAUGCUCGACAUGAUCCGCAGGGUGCAGACUGUGGACCAAGAGUGUGUCAACUGGAUGAGCAACCUGCCCGACCUAUGGCGGUUCAAGACGGUAGGGUGGGAAGACCACGUCCCCAACGGCGACUACGAGAAGGCAGAGGUGUUCCCGGGCAGGGUCGACCUGUAUCCGGACCUCUACAUGGCGAGCGUCUACAACAUGGUGCGCACGUCGCGCCUGAUCCUGGCGUCGGUGCUCGUGCGCUGCGCCGCCUGGGUCUGCGCACCCGUCGACUACCGGACGACACCCGAGUACGCGACGGCAGCCAGGUCAUGCGUUGACACAAUCACAGAUAUCAUCGCGUCGGUGCCCUUCCAUCUGGGCUGGCACCUCAAGAGGCCCGAGAUCCAGCAGAAGCACGACCUCUCCGGAUUUGCCUGUGGAGAAGAGGAUUGUAUGAAGGGCCUGGCCGGCUACUUCCUCACAUGGCCUCUGAUGUGCAUCAACGGGCAAGACUACGCCACGGACGCACAGCGCGCGUGGUGCACUGGCAGGCUCAAGUACAUUGCCAACGAGCUCGGUGUCCGCUACGCCGGCCUGCUCUCAGGGAUCAAGAUCCGCAUCCCUUCCAUGCUCAUCCGGCGAGAUGGCAUGAUGGCGCAGCCCAACGGCAUGUCGGGCGACUUUGUGAAACUGGCCUCGAGCCGCAAGUCGCGCUCCGCCUCGCCUACAGCCAACAAGCCUCUGCAACCACUGCAGCAAAAGGAAAGCCCCGGGGACGCGGAAUCUUGA